AUGACUGUUUUGAAAGACAUGGUGCAAGAAAUGGGUGGUUCUUUCACCAAAGGCCAGAUCGAGGCUCUUGACAGGUCUGCAGGUACUAUGACGGCUACAGUUGAAACUUCCGCUAUCGAAGCAGAGAAGUUCAAAAAGGCCAUCCAGGCAAACUGGGGGGAUUACAGAGGUAAGAAAGGGUAUUAUCUUGCUGAUAUCAAAUAUAUCAAUGUUUCUGCGGAAUAA